AUGCAGGAGGAAACUACAAAUUAUGCAACAUUUGACGGAUUGAGACCUCAUUUUGACGCAUUGGCUAGAGUAGGCUAUUUUAAAAUCGUGCCGAAACCAUUGUCCCGUUUAAAACAGUCUCUACAUAAUGCAUAUCGGUUGCUCUCAUUUAGUUUUGUCAUAUUGUAUAAUGUUCAGCAUCUUAUACGAGUUAUACUGGUCCGCCACAGUACGGAACAAAUUGUUGAUACUCUGUUCAUUUUGCUUACUACUCUAAAUACCCUAGGAAAGGAAGCUGCUUUUAAUCUGAGAAGCCAUCGUAUAGAUAAUAUUAUCAAUGAUAUUAACGGAUCCUACUUUAUAGCAAGCAAGCCGUACCAUGUAAAAACUUUAAAAGCUAACGCCGUGACGAUGGCCGGUCUUCUGAAAUUGUAUCACAUGGCUGUAGUGAUUUGUGGCUUUAUGUGGGCUCUAUUCCCCCUUGUGAAUAGGGCUCUGGGUGAAGAUGUACAGUUUACUGGAUACAUUCCCUUUGAUGCUACGGAGACACCGCGAUUUGAACUCACAUUAAUUUACAUGAGCUUAUCAAUCGUUUUCCAAGCUUAUGGAAAUGUCACAAUGGAUUGCACAAUUGUGGCAUUCUACGCGCAAGCCAAGACACAAAUACAGAUACUGCGAUAUAAUCUAGAACAACUGGUGGUAUUUGACGACGUUAAAAUAAACAAAAUGAGCGAGUUUAUAAAUCAGUCAAUAUACUGCAGCAGUUGGUUGUCGUUAUCGCCACGCUUCCGUCGUCAGCUGCUCAUCAUGAUGCAAUGUUGUUCCCGAUCAAUAGCCCCCCGGAUUGCUUACCUCAUACCAAUGUCAUUGGAAACUUAUAUCGCGUCGAGCGAGUGGUCAGCGGCGCCCGGGGCCGGCGAGCGCGGGCGCAGGGCUGCGGCACGCGCGGGCCCGCGGCAUGCGCACGCGCCGAUGAUAUUUACGGGCGGGGGGGCGCGCCGCCGCACCUCGCCCGCGCCGCGACCUGUGCGCCCGCCCGCCUCGCGACUCCAUGCCGACUAUUGGUUGCCGGGCGGGGGUUGCGGCGAGGGAGGUGAGGGCGCCGUACGCCGCUCCCGUGGCAAGCGUAUUACACAGCGAAGAGGUGCUAUUAAACACCAUAAGAUUCACGAGGUAAACGGUCAUCGCUUCGUGGCGAAGUUCUUCCGUCAACCAACAUUCUGUGCGUUCUGCAAGGAGUUCUUGUGGGGCUUUGGAAAACAGGGCUACAGCUGCUCUGUGUGCCAGACGGCGGUCCACAAGAGAUGCCAUCACAAGCUUCUAGGGAAAUGUACCGGAUCGUCUGCGUAUUCUGAAUCCACUGUGUACCUCCGGGAGCGGUUCAAAGUGGACGUACCGCACAGGUUUCGUCCGCACCAGUUCAUGUCGCCCACCUUUUGUGACCACUGUGGGGCUAUGUUAUAUGGCUUCUUCAAACAAGAGCUCAAGUGUCAAGGUAUGAUUUAUAUUAUUCCACUUCAAAGUAAAAAGAUGUAUUUAAUUUAG